GUGUGCGUGUGCGUGUGCGUGUGCGUGUGUGUGUGUUCUCCUCCCUUUCCUGUCCUCUCCUUCCCUCCCCUCUCUGCAUGGCCUACAUUAUGUUUGGUGUUUGGCUGUGUGUUGAAGGCUGUGUUUAUGUGAGGUUUAGGUUUAUACGGUGAGAUUUUGUUUACGGUCAGGUUUUGUAGUGUUUGUCCGUGUGUUUGGUUACUGAAUGUUAAAAGUCUGUGAUGGCUUGUGUGAUGUGAUUCCCUGCAUUCAGAGAAAAUGGAAUAAAAACUAAUGAAAUGGAUUAAGUAAUGAAAGUAAUAUAAAUAAAACAGAAAUUAAAAAAUGAGAGAAAGAAAACACUUAAACAUUGUCUUAUUCAUUCUCAAUGCUUUCUGUUCAAUUGUUUUGCUAGUUACAGUAUUCUGGGUUUAGAAAAUUGAAAUAAUUUUUGGUUACCCUAAAUCACCUGUAACAGGAAAGGUUUAUUGAAUAUGAGAGGUUUAUUAAAUGUUAAAAUAAAGAAGAAAGAAUGGUGUGUUUGUUGGUGUCCAUCUCAUUAUCUAACCUCCCGUUAGUUGUGUUGUGCAAGUCAGGUUGAUAUACAGCCACGUGUGUUCAUUUACAGUUUUAUUGAGUUCAGUGAUAAUCUACAAUGUACUGUAGUAAUGAAAAUAAAGAAAACGCAGUGAAUGACAGUUUCCAAACUUUUGUCCUGUUCAGUCGUACAUAAAGGUGGUUAUCAAGUUAUGCCCCUGUAUCCCCUCCGCACCGCCAGGGGGCGAUACACGAGUUGGUAAACCUAAACACGGAAGCCUAGAUACCGUAGACAGAGUUCGAGGAAAUGGGGCAGCGCACAUCAUAACAGUAGCUCCUCAGUCUUUCUGUGAAACUUUAAAUACAUCGUUCUAAAAGGUGAAGCUACCUAAAAGGAAAACUGCGCUAUUUUCAACGGUCUUGCACUAUUAGAUGGGUAAAUCUAUCAUUUCAUAUCCAUAAACGUUCUUCCUCAUACAAAGCCAGGAUCGACCAAAUCCAUCCGCUGUUAGCAUCGUCGGCCGAUGAUUUAGCUGCUAAAGGUUAGAACUGACAGAUCAAAACAAUGGAGUGCGAGAUUAAGGCCAUUUUCCACCACGUUGAUGGAAAUCACAAACAAACCUGCAGCAACCUUGAGAGGGCUAGUCAACUCAUCACAGAAGCAUUGCAGUGCGAGUUCCGGCAGAACACAACCCUGUGCAUGUUAAUCCACCGUCUGGAAGAGAGGGCUGCUGAGAAUGGAAGGAGCCUAUCAGAGCAGGUGGAUUCAAACCGGCAGCUGAAGCUCCAGGUGGAUGAACUACAGAAACAACUGCAGAACAAAGACAAGUCAUUAGCACAAGCCAAACAGAGUAUCACUAUGCUGAAGAAUGAGCUGAGGGACCUACGACAGCAACUCCACAGCCAGGAGAAUAGCCAAAGAACGAUUCAGGAAGUGACUGAGUGGUUGCAGGACGGAGAGCGUCAACCCAAUGUAGUGGAAGAGGAGGGCAGUGUGCUGCAGAAUCCAUUUGUUGGAAUUAAAGAGGAAGUGGCUGAUGGUGGAUAUCCCUGCAGUCAGUCAGUAGGUGAUACUGACGCCUCGACAGAACACACCAACUCCUCAUCUGCAGACAUCAAAGCUGAACUGGUGAAGGAGGAAGGUGAAAUGUUAGACAUGGCUCCAAUCGACAGCCCUGAGACGAGCCAUUCCCCUGAUCUCGUCAGGCCUUUGAGAUCGUCAGCGCAAUUGGUCGACUGUCGUGAGACACGACUGCAGCAAGCCGCGACCAGCGAUAACUAUGAAGAAGGAGAACAACCAGAUACUGGAAGAGGACUACAACCGUCAUCAUCAGCAGUCCCCAAAUUCACAGCCCCCCCAGAGACAGAGGUGGAUAAUGGGAGGCCAUAUAAGUGUCCUGUGUGUGGAAAGGAUUUCUCCAGAAAGGCAGUGAUGGAAACGCACCAAAAGGAUGCUCACACAGAAGACCAGCCCGAACAAGACCAGUACAACCUUGAACAAGACCAGCACACACACACAAGGAAAAAGGGCUGCGUCUGUGAACAGUGUGGGACAGUUUGUCCACGGCCAAAAGAUCUGAAGCGUCACAAACGCAUCCAUACAGGAGAGAGACCUUAUCACUGCUCAGAGUGCGGCCGCCGCUUCUCGCAGUUGGGAAAUCUCAGAACUCACUUUCGCAUCCACACAGGAGAGAAACCCUACCGCUGCACCGAGUGCGUUCAGCGUUUUUCCUCGUUGGGAAAUCUCAAAACACACCUUCGCACGCACACGGGGGACAAGCCGUACUGCUGUGGACAGUGUGGGGCAUGUUUCUCGCAGGCAGGAAGUCUGUCACGACACAAGCUGUCGCACAGGAAGAAGGCCGCAGCCAAUCAGGAGACAGACAUGGGCCUUUCGCACAGAAAGAGGGCCGCAGCCGCCACAGCAGCUACGCAGGAGACAGACAUGGGCCUGAGUAGCGGUAGUAGCACUAGCGUAGAUAAUGUUAUUGAUUACCUUAACAACCAGAUGUUUGCUGCGUUAAGCAGUACAUAUACAUUGAAUUAAAUGCGUUCAAGCUGAAUAUUCGAUGAAUAAUGCAGUCUGGAUAAUGCUUUUCUGCUAUCUAGUAAUGACUGUAAUUACCAUUCAUUAAUAAACAUGACCAUUUAUAUGCAUUACCUUUUUUAGGCGGUCUCUGAAAAGCUGUUUACAUGUACAUUAAAUGGAUAAUUUAGGGGGCUAAAACGCACCAGUCACGAUGGAGUUUUUAUCCACAUUUUAUUGACAACGUUUUAAUCCACCUUUUAUACAUAAAUGGGUACAUUUAAUCAGCACCUCAGUAGCGCUUUAAGGCCCUGCUGAACAGUUAAGCUUUCAGGUACAUGCUCUUUGUUCGAUUGUAGCUUGCUGCCACUGCUGUGCAAAGCAUUACAGUAUAAAGACUUAGUAAGUAAUUAACUGAUGAUGAACAAAACAGAAACAAAUGUUUGUAAAUGAAUGGGAAAUAUGUUAAUAUUUUUUAUUUAUCAAACUUUUACAUUGUUUGCAAAUGAUUAAACAUUAAGCUUUAAUACGAUUUAGUAAAUUAUAAAACAAAUAUUGUUAGUGUUUUGUUUAUCAUUAGUUAAUUAUCAAGUAAGUCUUUAUAAUGCUUUUUAUGCAUCUAUUAGUGUUACCCUUGUUUCUGGUUAUGAUUUCAUAUUGCAUCUGUGAUUUUUUUUUAAAGUUAUAAUUUGCUUGUAGUGUACAUUAUGUGAUUUUUUGGUAAAUUCUGUUCCUUGCUAUGUCUUUGGAGUGUAUUUUGUUUAAAUGUGCUUUAGAAGAAAUUAGAAGUUCAGAAGUGAUCUAAGAUUUUGUAGUGAGGUAGCUUAACUUUUUCCCAUCAUUAAAAGAAAUACAAUACAUGUUUGUGUGUUCUGAGAAUAAAACACACACUCAAGUCAUUAUGGGCUUCCUAUUCAUCAUAGUAUUUUAAAUUGGUUUAAAAUUGUUUCUUAUAAAUUAAAUGCCUAUGCAUGUCAUGUUACAUAAUUAAAUAGAAUAUGGUAUUUAAGUGGGGUGAAUUGUACAUCUGAUCUGAAUAAUGUAAAUUUGUAUUUGUAAAUAAAAUAUGGUAUUCAA